UUUCUGCACGUUCAGUUCUUUUCUCCUCCAGUCUACAUUCUGAGAAACCGGUUUCUCCUCCACGUGUGGAUGCGUGUUUGGUGCUGCUGCAUGCUUUGCAUGUUUGGUUCAGUAGAUGUUGCACGUAUUACAGGGUGGGUCUGUUUUUCACAAUGCUUUCGUACGCAAUAAUCGGGAGCGUCAUGCACGAGGAAAUGUCCUGUAAUAACCUUCUCAUUUUACACAACUUUCUAUCUGUCGCGGCGGCGGUUAUAAAAUCCAGGCGUCGUCUUUCACUUUCCAUCAGUUCAGCCGCAGGGACACACACACACACACACACACACACACACACACACACACACAUCAACGACCAGGUUAGAGUUUUCUUUUAUAUCUCUUGGAUUAGAUUUGCAUAUUUAAAUUCAAGAGGCAGAAACACGUCGUACCUGCGCCGCUGGUUUGUCCUGAAGGGGAAUCUGCUGUUCUAUCAGACGCGUCCGGCCGACCGCGGCCUGCUGGGCGUGAUCGUGCUCGAGGGCUGCGUGGUUCAGACCGGAGAUUCGGACGUCGCGUUCUCGCUGGUGUUCACCGGCCCGGGCCUUCGUUCCUAUCAGCUAGCCGCAGACGAUCAGCCGAGCCGAAAGAGCUGGGUGAACGCUCUGCUGUCUGCCAGCCACAUCUACAUCUCACUGCUCGUCAGAGACCUCGCACACCUGUACCAAGAAGCUAAAGAAGGGAAAAGCCUCAGCGAUCCGUCUCAUUCUUCCACAGCGACAGAUUCCUGUGUGAAAAUGUCCAGCUCCGUCAUCGCCGCUUUCUACGCUGCAUCGCCGCAUCUGGCUCAGGGGUCUGUGGUGACACACCGAGAGACGAGGAGCUACAGCGCGAACCACACCUACCCCAACCACCACACCCACCACGCUCCGUCCGUGCCGGUCAGAUCGGCGAAUAAACGAUCACCCAAACACUGGCCCAAAAGGAACGCCCACGUCACACCUCUAAAUGGCCCCGCCCCCAAUUACGGGGAGUGGCCUUUAGUGGGAUUCGACCCGAUGGACGAGUUCGUUAAACUGCACGAGUAUUACGGAAAUGAGGUGAAGCAAGUGAGAGCUGAUUGGCUGAAGAAGAAACAACUGGAGGCGGGACAUAUCGAAGAGGAUCUUAUCGACCUAGGGUAAUUUAUAUCUCGAAUUGGAUCUUCCUCAGUGUGAAAUAACAGAUACUUCAACGAUACGAACCUCAAACGGCGUCGCAUAAACAAAUCUAUUCAGACCGAGCUUCACACAUCCUCUGCUUUAUGUCAAGACUACAGACAUUUUUUUAGGGAAUGCGAACGAGAUUGAACCGAUGAAUUCUCAGGCUACAAAAAAGAGAAGGACGUGUGUGAGGAAGCAGUUUGAGGGUUGUUUCGCUGAGACUUUUACAGUAAACGUUCCCGACCCUUUUCACUCUUCCUCUUCUGAACGCCUCGUCACGCUCCACUUCCACAUUUCUGUUCGCAAAACUGAACAGGAAACAGGAAAUGCACAGAAAUGACACAUUUUUCUUCUCACCCUCAGACUGCAGGAGACCAUUCGACUCACGAACUUGAGUUUUCACACAUCAUCUGUCAUUUAUACGCAAGGAUGUCUAACCAAUCACAAGACAGGAGCAGAGACCAACACUGACACAGAGACACAAUGCAAUGUAAAUAUACGGACAUAUCAUGACAUUUUGUACUCGUUGAGCUUGAAACCAAGAUUGAUGGGAUUUUUAUAAUUUGAUAUUUAUACCUGGAGCCCAAAUUCAGUUCACAUUCUGAAAAGGCUGCAGUUUUUACUCGUGUAACUGGACCUCUCUAAAGUCAUGCAUUAAAUAAACAGUUGAUUGAAGGUGUUUGUGAGACAGUGCUUGUGAAAGUGUGGGAAAAGACUCCGGGACUUUAAUGAUUUGUGAGCGAAACAUGUUCCUUUUGUUUCUAUACAACAAACUCGGUCAUGUAACGUUUGACUUCGACAAAACAAAUAUAUAAAUGUGAAAAAUCCUUCCUUCGCAUGAAGAACAGCUUUCCACACAUUUCAUUUCUCCAAACACUCAGCUGAAAGACUUUGCUGUGCCUCUUGUGAAACCUACCAAAGAUGCUCUUAACUAGUUGGAGAUUGAUUGAUUGAUUAAUUGAUUGAUUGAUUGAUUGAUUUCUUUCUUUCUCUUUCUUUCUUUCUUUCUUUCUUUCUUUCUUUCUUUCUUUCUUUCUUUCUUUCUUUCUUUCAGAAUCAGGCUUAUCUUUAGAAACAAACUCCCCAAGCCCCCGACCUAUCUCCCACAUACCAAUUCUUUCUUUCUUUCUUUCUUUCUUUCUUUCUUUCUUUCUUUCUUUCUUUCUUUCUUUCUUUCUUUCUUUCUUUCUUUCUUUCAGAAUCAGGCUUAUCUUUAGAAACAAACCAUGUUCUCUAACUAUAAACAGAAAUUGGAGAAGGUGACGGACCAACAUGUAUUUCAUGGAAAACCGACUGUUAUUGCCUGAGGUGGCAGUUUAAUGAAAAUAAAUAUCGUAACAUUAUCUAGUUUGAUGAUGAGAAACAAAAUUACGUGUGUCUUUCAAAAACCAUAGAAGGUGUUUUAAAAUCUUUGACUGCCGUCGACCCUCGUUAAUUUGCUAAAUUAGUGUAUUCCAGGGAUUACAUUUCCAAAAAACAUUCCUUUAACCAAGUUUGGAUUCGCUCCAUGUAUCCCGGGUGUAACUGAGACCAGAUUCCAUACAUCUGCAAUAUUACAUUCAUGAAAUCAGUCCAAACACCGUACACAUCUGCUCCUGGUAUUCAGUAUUAUCAAGAAAAUUGAUGCUUAAGAUCAUUAUAGAGGACUUUACCAUUUACUUUCCAUUCAUUUUUUAUUUUUUUUGUAUUCAUUCCACUCAUUUACUGUUCAUUCAUCUUUCCAUUCAUUAAAGUUCUAUACGUGUA